AUGUUCCUGGUUAUCGGAAGCUUGGCACAAACAUAUCCUUCAACUUCUUUGGCACUUUCUUGCCUUCACCUCACGUUUCUGGGGCAGCAGAAACUUGGCAUCUCGUCUUAUUCAACAACUUUGAACUUCACUUCACUUUCCUCUGGCGCGAGGAAACCAGUACUUCACACGGCACUUUCUCCAUUUCCGGUACUUCACACUUUCACUCGGCAUUUCUGGGGCAGCAGAAAUGUUCUCUCCUCACUUCGCUCUCUUGGCAACUUGAGCUCGGAACCCAACACAUCAAUCAUCUUGUUUGGACUUCUCUCUUUUCCUUGCUUCCUAUUCUUCUUCUGA